GCCACCAUGACAACGGGGGGCGGUCUCCACACUUUCAUAGCACUAACAGCGCCGCUAAGUGAUCCCUACUAUCCAUGAUAGGUCUGUGUUAUCCCGGCAACCAGGAUCCCUGUCAUGGAAAGACCAGGAACCUGCAAAUGCCAUUAACACAUUAAAACACUGCCCCUCACCAAUUCGGCUUCGCGGGGCACCUCCUAGCACUACGAUUUGAAGCUGACCAAGUAAAUAUCCCAUCGAUGGAGCCUAUUGCAUCACCUUAGAAAGAGCCUCAUGCAAGUUACGCCUUGCUGCUUACUUAUGUUUUCUAGGUACAUGUACGCAUUAUUCCACACCAAUUAUACCGUCACAUACGAGAAGUUUAAACAUCUGUAAAUCCACCCCAUUGGUAUAGAUAGCUUCUAUCCUCCAAUCCCAUGAGUCAAUCCGAUCCAUCGAACAUUCUAUCCUCUACGGAGGACAUCCAUAUCCACCUCACCAUCUCCCAAGGCGAAGACCAAGACCGGAAGUCGACCCACUCGCCAAUGGCUAUCCCUCCCGAAACCACGCCGGUCCCUCCGUCAGUCUUCACACCGGGCAUGUCGCUACGAACCGACGAACCAAAACCAACGCCAGCACCAACACCCUCCGCCAUUCCCGUCCGACCAAAAGACGAACCCGCACCAACCCAGACCGAAAACGAAGAAGAGGAACAGAAACCUUUCGAAAUUCCCCGUCUCAGGUUACACAUAGAAGACCUCUCACACCCGGGAUCCGCCAUCUUCCUAUCCUCAGUCCAAGCCCCCGCCGUCCUAAAGUCCAGCAUAGAAUCCAUACACAAGCACCUCUACGGCAUCCCCAUUCCCUCCUCUCACCCUCCCACCGCCACACCAACAACCACAACCACCACUCCCUCUUCAUCCUCCCUCCCCCAAACCUCCAACUCCCACAGACACCAAACCCACCCCCCAAAACCCCGCUCAAUAACCCUCCUCCUCCGCCCCAUCGAAGGCGUAGCCUACACAACCGGCACCGACCUCGACCCCGCGCACAAAGAAAUCCACUUCUCGCUGCGCUACAUCACCUCCGUCACCCCGCCCACCCCUUCGCGGCGCGUAUCCGAGUACACCGGCGUCCUACUCCACGAGCUCGUGCACUGCUACCAGUGGAACGCAUCGGGCAGCGCACCCGGCGGCCUGAUCGAGGGCGUAGCCGACUGGGUGCGGUUGCGCUGCGGUCUGGCGCCGCCGCACUGGAAGAGGGACGACGUCCCGCGCAGGUGGGACGUCGGGUACCAGGGCACGGCGUAUUUUCUGGAGUACCUCGAGGCGCGGUUCGGCGAGGGCACGGUGCGCCGGUUGAAUGAGAAGUUGCGGAAGGAGCGGUACGAGGAGAAGGCUUUCUGGACGGAACUUGUUGGGCGGCCGGUCGAGCAGCUGUUUGAGGAUUACAAGGAGACGUUGCCGAAGAAAGGUGAGGGUGGAGGAAGAGAAGUAGGGUUGGAUUCGUUAAUAGACAGGUAGGUGACAUAAGAGUUACGGAAGCAAAGAUCUAGUAUAUCAAGCAGGAACACAUUCAAGGGAACGAGAAAUCUUAUAGGAAACUUUUUACUACUUGAGACGAGCUUUAGAUACCCAUUCAGUACUCAGUACUGCAUUUUCUAAAUCAAAUAACCUCUAGUCG